GGCGGCGCUGCGGGCGGGCAGCCCCGGCGGGCCCGGCCCGGCCCCUUCCCCCGCGGCCCGGCGGCUGCGCACUGCGGUUCUGCGCUCUCAUCAUGGCGGCGCGGGGCCAUGUGCAGGACCCCAACGACCGGCGCCUGCGGCCCAUCUACGAUUAUCUUGAUAAUGGCAAUAAUAAAAUGGCAAUCCAGCAGGCAGAUAAACUGCUCAAAAAACACAAGGAUCUUCACUGCGCAAAGGUUCUAAAGGCAAUUGGCUUGCAGAGGACUGGCAAGCAGGAUGAAGCGUAUGCUCUGGCACAAGAAGUAGCAGCACUUGAGCCCACAGAUGACAAUUCCUUGCAAGCACUAACUAUUCUUUACCGGGAAAUGCAUAGACCGGAGCUGGUAACUAAGCUUUAUGAGGCAGCUGUGAAGAAGGUCCCCAACAGCGAGGAGUAUCACUCUCAUCUCUUCAUGGCCUACGCCAGGGUUGGAGAAUACAAGAAGAUGCAACAGGCUGGAAUGGCACUUUAUAAAAUCGUACCCAAAAAUCCUUACUAUUUUUGGUCCGUGAUGAGCCUGAUCAUGCAGUCUAUUUCAGCACAGGAUGAAAACCUCUCGAAGACGAUGUUUUUGCCACUAGCUGAAAGAAUGGUGGAAAAAAUGGUGAAAGAAGAUAAGAUCGAAGCUGAGGCUGAAGUCGAACUUUACUACAUGAUCCUGGAACGUUUGGAGAAGUAUCAGGAAGCCUUAGAUGUUGUGAGAGGAAAACUAGGAGAGAAGUUAACAAGUGAGCUCCAAAGCCGUGAAAACAAGUGUAUGGCAAUGUACAAGAAGCUGUGUAGGUGGCCAGAGUGCAACGCGCUGUCGAGAAGGCUGCUGCUGAAAAACUCAGAUGAUUGGCAGUUCUAUAUAACUUACUUUGAUUCAGUGUUUCAACUCAUAGAUGAAUCCUGGACACCUCCGCUGGAAGAAGACCAGUCUUUGGAAGGAGAGGUACACUAUUCCAUAGAGCAAGCUGUGAAAUUUAUAGAAGAGAGGAUAACAGAAGAAUCGAAGAGUGCUCGGCCACUUCGGGGACCAUAUUUAGCUAAACUGGAGCUGAUUAGACGUUUGCGUUGCAGAGGUUGUAAUGAUGAAUAUAAACUAGGUGAUCCAGAAGAACUAAUGUUCCAAUACUUCAAAAAAUUUGGGGACAAACCCUGCUGUUUCACUGAUCUCAAAGUAUUUGUGGAUCUCCUCCCAUCCAGCCAAUACACAAAAUUCAUCGGUCAGUUGCUGGAAGUAAUCCCUCUGUCAGCGACAGCAGAGAGCGAAGUCGCGCUGCCAGCUGAUAUCAAAGCCCUCCAGCAGCACUUGUGCGUGGUGCAGCUCACCAGGUUGCUCGGGAUCUAUCACGCCAUGGAGAAGAAGGAAAAGCUGGCUGCGGUCCGGGAGUUGAUGUUAAGAUACCGCCAUGGAUUGGAGUUCGGGAAAACGUGUUUGAAAACUGAGUUGCAGUUUUCGGAUUAUUACUGUCUCCUUGCAGUUCACCUGCUGCUCGAUCUGUGGCUAGAGGAAGGUGAAGAAACAGCAGUGUGGCAGUGCCUCACUUUCUUAGAAGAAGGGUUAUCUCAUAGUCCUUCUAACGCUCAGUUUAAAUUGCUGCUAAUUCGAAUCUACUGCAGGCUUGGUGCAUUUGAACCAGUUGCGGAGCUCUACUCCAGCCUUGAUGCAAAACACAUCCAGCACGACACCAUCGGCUAUCUUCUGACACGCUAUGCAGAGUCGCUGGGCCAUUAUGCUGCUGCAUCCCAAUCCUGCAAUUUUGCACUCAGGUUUUUCCACUCCAACCAGAAAGAUACCUCAGAAUAUAUCAUUCAAGCCUACAAGUACGGCGCGUUUGAGAAGAUUCCGGAAUUCAUUGCAUUUAGAAACCGGCUGAAUUCCUCCCUUCACUUUGCGCAAGUUCGCACAGAACGGAUGUUGUUAGACCUCUUACUUGAAGCAAAUAUAUCAACCAGUUUAGAAGAAAGUAUAAAGUCCAUGAGUCUGAGUCCAGAAGAGGAUGACAUUCCGUGGAAAGAUUUGCGUGACAACAGAGACCUGACAGUCUUGUUUAACUGGGAUCCAAAAGACAGGGACAUUUCUGAAGAACAUAGGAAACUCUCACUGGAAGAAGAAACCAUGUGGUUGCAAAUCCGGUCUUUAACUUUAAGGCUAGUAAGCGGACUCCCAACUCUUAGUCACACUAUUCAACCAAAGAACUCUGAAAAGACUGCAGAGAACGGCGUCUCAUCCAAGAUUGAUACAAUUCGAUCUCUGCUUCAGCAGCUGGAAGCGGCAGUGGAUUCAGGGAAGAAGUUUCUAGAACAAAAAAUUCAGUAUCCUGUCCUUGGCCCUCCUCCUACCCGAAUGGCUGGCUUCUUCAGUAAUGGCAGCUGUCAAUGCCAGACUAGCUUGUUUUAUCUUGUUAGUGAUAUUUAUGAACUAGAUACCAAUGGCUUAGAAGAUUCAGCAGAAAUCCAGGAGAGGAUAGGGAAUAGUUUCAAGUCUUUAAUAGAACGACUAACAGACUUGUUCAAUAAAUGUAAAGGUGACUUGAUUGAAGUCAGAGAUGGCACCUUGAAAACUCAGCCAAACCUGUUAGAAAACUUAGUCUUCUUUGUUGAGACGAUCUCCAUCACCCUGUGGGUAUCAAGUUACUGUGACGGUGUCCUCCGACCUUUUAAAUCCAACCUGCAAAAAAAGAAGAAGAAAAAAAAAGAAAGCAGUGUAGCUAUGCCUCCUGUAUUUACACACUUCCUGGACUACGUUACCGAACUACAGACGUUAACUUCCAAUGUAAUAGAUCACAUCAAAGGGCUUGAAAUAAUUCUGACUGCACUAAAACUUGAAGAGUUGUCCCUCAAGGACACUCUGCUUUUACAGGAAGAAAAAAAGUUUACAAAGACUGUGCAAGGAAAGGUCCAGAGCAGUUACCAUCACUCAGUUCAGGAAAUCGGAGAGCUGCUGAAAAAGAGACUUGACACUAUUAAAAAACUAAAGAUUUGAGAAAUCCUUGACAGACUCCACAGGGGAGUGACACCAGAGUCCCAGACAGAAGCAACAUCCGAUACACCAUCACUUUAAUCCAGAACUUCCUCAUAAUGCAUGAAGGACUUAAAAUCAUAAAACAGUUUUUCUAGGUAUUACAGAUGUAUUCAGCUGACUUAAAUUAUUGUAUAUAAACAAGAAGCAGGGACCCUUCUGGGGGUUUGACCACUUUUUAUACAUGUUCAUAAGCAUAUUGCAGCAAGAGAAAACUUAACUUUCUUCCCUUUUGAUCUCUAGGAACAACUGGAGAUGGUCUUUAGAAGCAGCAAUAGAAAUCCAGUGUAAAGUCUAUAUCUCAAAGGAGUUGUAUUUUCAUCACCAUACAGUGUUUAUAAUUUUUGUAUGGUCCUUGCCUUAGAAAUGCAGAAAUCGUAGAUGCCCACAUUCAGCCACCGCCGAUGAAACGAGCCAGUUCUGGAGCUGCCUGUUUUGUCCAGAAGCCACCUGGUCCUACUGAAUUCGGGGUGUUGGCCCAGCAGGGAGGUGCGAGGCUGCGCUGGGGGAACCCCCUCUGCACGCAGCCUUCCCGCAUUGCCCAGCCCUCCGCUGUAGGGUGGGAGCGAGGCAGGUUGUGCUAAGGGCUGAGCGUGGAGCCAGCUGCUGGAGGAAAGGGGUGGUUUUGUGUUCAGAAAAACUGCAGAGCUGAUGAGGAGCAAACUUGGCCAUUAAGUUCUAGGAUGAGAUGGGAAUUAGUGUUUCAGGAAAAAAAAAAAGACAAAACCAGAGACCAUGUAUAUAAUAGCUGCAGUGAAGUCUGACACUGCGUUCUAAUUUCAUGUCAAUUUAAUGUAAAGCAGCAAUCAUCAUGACUUCUGAAGAAGUGUAUUUAGAUUACUGAAACUUUAAGACUUAAAUAUUUUCAUAGAAAUGAAAUCCUGUUGGCUUUGGUUUUAAGUUGGCAGAGGUAACUUUUGCUUCCGCUGUGGUAUGAGGCUGAGAAUACUUUUUAUAACUGUAUGCUUGCUUUUUGCAGUUGAUCUUUGAUUACUCGAGUACUAGCUCGUUAGGCGUUCUCUUAGCAAGUGCAAUUGCAUCAUCUGCUCCUUCUGAAUCUGCAUUUCUUCUGUGUUUUUUUUUUUCUUUCCAUUUUAAAGGAGCAAUGCAGCCUAAAACUGGCAGGCAAAAAACUACACGUUGCACCUACAAUCCGAGGGACAGGUCGGACUUCAACAGAUUCCUCAUCUUCUGAUCUAAAGCAGCUAGUAACUGAAGUCUAUAUUUAAAGUUCUAAGAGAGCUGACAAUCCUACUUUUGUCAUCUCUUCCGAAUACGUUUUGUUAGAAAUGCUAGAAUGUUGAUGAGAGUAUUUUUUUAAAAUAAAUCCCCUGUGUAAAAAAUUCACAUUGCUGCUCUUGCUGGAUUUAGUUUUGCUUUUGCCCCAUCCUGAAAGGGAAAGAAGGCUGUCUGCAGGUUGUCUAAAUUGUAAGAGAUGUCCUAGUGGUUUAACUGCGAUGUCUGGUAAGUGCUCUGGGCUGGAGGAAUACCAAAACGUGUUAAGUCUGUUUUAUAGUAAUCCUUUUCCUGAACAAACUGAACUGUCUUCUACGUUGUAUAGAAAUACCAUUUUUGAAAGAAGGGUGUGUUCCUUAAAUUAAAGCAAGACUGAUGACUGACA